ACACUUCGUUGAGUAUUUUCCUGAUGCCAAAAGGUGGUCUUACGUCUGCGACUUUCAUAUGUGUAUGUGCGACGAGGAAGCAUUUUUCCAAAAAUUAAAAAGCUAUUUAAUAGUGCAAAAUAAUUGAUAAAUUUAAGUGCAACGUAUAAGGAAAUAAAUAUAAACUACGCAUGAAUAUAAAUAACAGCGACUAAGGCAAAUUGAAGCUGCAAAAAAAGAGUGACGCAAAAACCACACAUACAUACAGGCAGCCUCAUUUUUUUUUAGAAAGUACGUGAAGAAAAACAAGUUUGGUUGUGUGCGUGCGUACGUAUGUCGAGUGGAGAGUAACGGAGACUUUUUGUUUCUGUUUAGCGACACAAUUAAUUGUGGAUGGCUUACAACACAAACAAAAUCAAGAGAAAAACAAUUGAAGAUUAUGUUGAUUGCAACAUCAUCCCAACAUCAAAAGCAAGAAAUGCAUGCUAUAAAAACCAUCAAGUACAACAAUUGCAUUGGAAAUUGAAAUUUGUGCGACAGAAGCAGCCACAGCAGCAGCUAACCACGAUUUUCGACGACUGGCAGCCAUAUUCACAGCAACAACAACAACAGAAUCAGAAAAAACGCGAUCCACGAUAUUGUAAAGAUACGUGACAAAAAUCGACAAAAGAACGACGAAGACUGAAUAUAAUAUUAGCGUGAAAAAAAGAAAAAAGAAAAUCAACAAAUUAAACCUUAUUGUAAUUGAAAAAUAAAUAAAAAUAUAACAAACCAAAUAUAUUAAAAAUAAAAAUAUAAACAAAGUGUAUUAAAAACAAAUAUAUACAAAAUAUUAUGGAAAUUGCCCCAAUAUAUAAUACCGUCGUCGCAACAGCCGCUGCUGCCACUGCAACAACGUCGACGUCGCAGCACAAACAGCGACAGAGGCGCUCCGCUGCUGCCGCCGCAGUUUUGGCAACAACAACGGCAACGACAGCAGUAGGCAACACACUAAUAAACACCGAUAGCAGAGUCCAUCAAAAUGAUAACGUCAAUAACUUGGCGUUGAUUGCAUCGCUGACGCUCCAAAAGGUGCUAAAUAUCAACAAUAUUAAUAACAACAACCACAACAUCAACAUCAACCACAACAAUAGCAAUAGCAAUAUCAAUGUUUCUGGCAACACUUUUGGAUCGCCCUAUCAGCAAGUGUCCCAAGUAGCCGCAAAGGCGACGGCAGCAAUUAAACAGCAACAGCAACAGCAGCAACAACAACAACAACAACGACGACACUCUGAUAACGAAGCUGAGACUGACAUUUUGACACAACUGCUCAAAUCGGGCGCCGUAUUUGAGACAACAGCCGCAGCUGCAAGUGUUGCUAUCACGCCUGCGGCGGGCAUCAGUGCGCCCAUUGCGAUCGAAAGGAAGUCGUCACAGCAGAAGCAACAGCAGCAAUAUCAACAACAACAACAACAACAGCAGCAGCAACACCAUCAACAUCAUGGGCAUAGCGCACAAAAUCAACGACUCAAUUCAUCCAUAUCAUCGACUAACUCAAGCACAUCAACCAACUCCUCAACGGCCAAUAGCUAUGGCAGCUCCUGUUCCUCCUCAGAGGAUCCAAUGGCAACAACAGCAACAGGCAAUGAACCGGUAGCAACAGCAACAGCAACAGCAAUAAAGUCGUCCAGCAUUAAAUUGCCAGAGAAAUCGAAAAUUCCGUCCGAUAUACUCGACGAUCUGGCUAGUCGAUUCAUCAUCAAUGUACCGGACAUGGAGCUCAACAAUUUAAUACGCAUUUGCUUUCAAAUUGAGCUGGCGCAUUGGUUCUACUUGGACUUCUUCUGUGCGCCCGAAGAAUCGGAGCAACAGCAGAUGCAGCAAAGGCGAAAGCUGCCCGCGGUGGGCAUCAAGCAGUUUGCCAUGCAACUCUUUCAGCACAUUCCCUUUCUGAACAAGCAUUUUGACACUGUGAAUCAGAUAUUGGAGGAGUGGAAAACGUAUAAAUUAUCUGUGCCCACAUAUGGCGCCAUUCUGGUAUCGGAGGACUACAAUCAUUGCCUGUUGGUGCAAUCAUAUUUCGCUCGAAACUCUUGGGGCUUUCCCAAGGGCAAAAUCAAUGAGCACGAGAAUCCCGAACACUGUGCCACCAGGGAGGUAUAUGAGGAGACGGGCUUUGACAUAACGAACAUCAUAGAUGCUGAUGAUUAUAUUGAGGCUUUUAUUAACUAUCAAUUUACACGAUUGUAUAUAGUGCGCAAUAUACCGUUAGAUACGAAAUUUGCGCCGCGCACGCGUAAUGAGAUUAAGUGUUGUGAUUGGUUUCGCAUUGAUGCAUUGCCGGUCAAUAAGAACGAUGCCAUAUCGAAAGCCAAACUGGGUAAGAACUCCAAUUCCUUCUUUAUGAUCAUGCCGUUUGUGAAGCGAUUGAAGAAGUGGGUGAACGAACGUCGCGCCGGCAUUGAGCCAUCAACUCGUCGUCGCAAAUGCUCGGGACAGCAGAGUCCCAAGGUCAUCCUAAACGGUAACGGUGGCACAUCUACGUCGCCAACAAUGCUGGCGAAUGGCAACAAUGAUAAAAAGGAUCAGCAGCAGCGCAGUGCCUCGAAACGUCAGCGGCACAAAUCGAUGGGCGAUUUGGAUGGUGUUAAGCUAAAUAAUCUCAAUGGCAAGGCGGGCGCAGGAGGAGGUGGAAGUGUCGGUCUCACUGCCAACAGUAACAUUUACCAUAGUAAUAUCAAGCGCAAUAGCAAUUGUAAUGUUAACGGCAACAGCAACAUCAACAACAUCAAUAACAACAACAAUAAUAUCAACAACAUCAACAACAAUAACAAUAUCAACAUGAAUAAUAAUAAUAAUAACAAACAACUGAAUGUGGCUGCAGGCAGCAAUACACCAACAACAGCAACAACAACGCCAGUGACAGCAAAUGCUGGAGCAACACCAACUGCUGCAGUAGCAGCGACAACACCAACAACAGCUACAGCUGCAACAGCAACCAGCAAACGGCAACUGUUCCAUAGCCAAAGCCAGAAUGAUGCCCAACAGCCGGCAAGCAAUGAGAAGGUAAGCAAUGCUGAGAUUGCAGAUGGUGCACUCAAGGCUAAACAGAAGCAAUUGCAGAUUGUCAGCUCCUUUGAUUUGAUACGCAAGGAAAAGCAGCAACAACAGAAAGCGGCCAAGGCACAAAAGCAGCAGCAGCAGCAGCAACAGCAACGUUCGCGCACCAAAUCGCAAAGUGAUAAACAAAACAAUCAGCAGCAGCAGCAGCAGUUUGUUGUCAAAAGCAUUUUGACCAGAAACAACAAUCAACAACAACAACAGCAGCCACAACAACAGCAGCAGCAGCAGCAACAUCAGCAGCAGCAACAACAACAAUCAACACCCACAACUGGCAUGGAUUUAAUUGCCAUGCUAACAGCAGCAGCUGCAGCGCAAAAGACAGCCAAACCGGAGCAACAGCAGCAGCAACAACAACAGCCGCUGCUACGUCCACGUCCCGCUUCGGUUUCAUUGAAUUCGCCAAUAACAACAGUUGCUGGAGCAACUGGCAACAACAGCAGCACAACUCCGGAUGCACAGACUUUGCACAAGCUGCAGCGCAUGGCAUCUGGCACCAAUUUGCGAAUUUUGCAGCGUCCGCAAUCGCAACAGGCGCAGCAGCAGCAACAACAGCAGCAGCAGCAUCAACAACAGCAGCAGCAACAACAACAACAACAACCAGGGCCUUUGAAUUUUACGCCCAAUUUUAAUUCGUGGACGAAUUUCUCAUUCACCAAAAAUUUCAUAGCAAAUGUAUUUUGCUAAGUCCAUUUGAAUGACUUCUUUCCUUCUAAAUUCUCAUACUUCUUGCAUUUCUAAGUCACAAGGUCAGUUUGUAGGCAGCAUUAACACACACACACACACACACACAAGAAAAAGAAACAAUAAUCGUUACACAUAUUAAGUUUUAGGUGUUUCCCAUGGAUCUCUCAUUAAAAGUCUUAUGGACUUUUCGAUAGAUGCAUUUUUCAACAACAAACAUAAAGAACAACAAUCUUUUCGACAUUCAUUUGUAUAUAGCGAGCAAGCAAGGAAUGUAAAAAGUUUUGUAUUAACGUAAACACAUUUUCAUACAAAAAAAAAAAAAAAGUGAAGGAAAAACAAAGAAAAAUGUAAAACGUGAGUCUUCCGCUCCAGCGCACGUCAUUUUGUAAAAAUUGUCAGGCAAAAUUUUUAUAUAAUUAUUAUAUAAAAGCAAUGCAUAGCAAUGAAGAGUUGUGCAAUUCGAACGCAGUAAACACUUUUUAGGUAUAAUACGAUAUUAUACGACAAGUAAUUAUGUUUUAUUAGAUUGGUUUUAAUUUCCUGUAAGCUAUAAAGUGAGCAAACAAAGUAAAGCAAACAUUCUUCUAAUUAGAGCUCCAGCCUAAGCCGUUUGCGUGUAUUUUUUUAAGAGUAAAGUGAAAAAAGAGUUAGGUAAAGGAGGAGAGACGGCGAUAAAGCCGGAUAGAGAGAAAAAGUAAAGAAAACAAAGAAAUGAAAGCAUAGCUUUAAAUGCCCAACGUUCUGCUAUAUAAGUUAUUUGUUUUCUAUACUUUUGUUAAGUACAAUUCGUUCCUUGCACCCAAGUGCAAUGAACCUUUUAUAAAACAACAUUAACAACAACAACAACAACAUCAACAUCAACAUUAAGAACAAGAACAACAUCAAGUUAUGUGGCAAAGAGGCAAACAACUAAUAUGCAAGCAUUUUGCAUGACUUUCUGGGUCGUUUUUACUGCCCCGCCCCAAUUACCACCACCUAAGAUGUAAUGCCAUGAGCAUAAGUACAUAUAAUAAUAAUAUUGAGUGUAAAUAUUUAAUUGUGAUAUAGUAUUUCUUAGCACAAUUGUGAUCUUAACAAAACGGCUAGCUACUACGACUACUACAACAACAACAACAACUACAAUUACAUAACAUACAAGUACAUACGCAUAAAAUACAUACGAGAACGAUGAACCGAACAAGUGUUUUAUAAGCAAACAAUUUUAAUAUUCAAAAUAAUGCUACAAUCGAUGAAAAAAAACCUUGUCCAUUGCCCCAAUACAAACACACGGACAGACACAGAUACACAACCCUACACACACACACAUACACAUAUAAAUAUGAAUAUAUACACCUAAAACUAAUAUUAAAGAGUUAGCCAGAGUCAAAGAGAGAGAGAGAAAGGGGAUAGAAAUCCCAAAACUGAUUUGGGGGCAAUAUCAGGUAGGCAUAUCCAACAAAAAACAAAAAAUUAAGCAUAAAUAAAAAAUAAAAACAUUGUAUAAGACACAAAUUUUGAAAACCUUGUGACAACUCUUGAUAAAUUUAACGAAUUUAACAAAUUAGUUUAAAACAUUUGAAGCUGAAACAUUAUCUUUAAAUUUGUUUUACGCAAUGCUGCUCACAAACUGGCCUUGAAAACUGUCCCUUCAACGAUUUCGCUUUAACUUUUUACAAUUGACUUUUAAAGCUUUUUGAAAAGCCAUAUUAAUUUUGUAUAUUGUACAACAAAAUUUUAAUUUCUUUUAAUUUUCUUCCAAUUUUAUUUCUUAUUUUUUCUUUUAUUCGAACAGCAAGAACAACCGAAACUGUUCGAGGCGCUUAACAAAUGUUCAAUCGAAAUUGUCAUUAACUAAAUCAUUUUUCAAUUUUCUUUUUCUUCAAUAUUUGUAACAAUUUCACUGUGCAUUUGUUUUGCGCAAACAACAAAAAACCAAACAAAACAAAAAAGAAAAUGAAAAUCAAUAAACAACAACAACAAAUUGCAA